AGUUGGGAAAGACUAUGAAAUCAUAGCAAUGAUUAAUGAUAAUAUAAUAGAUAUACAUAUUAUGAAUAUUAUGAAACCAAAGACGAAAAAGAUUCACGACUCGAAAAGUUUGUAUAUUAUACAGUUCUAAAAACCUAUAAAGCUUUUUAUAUUUUAACAUUUUUAGUAACAGUUUUUAUGCUGAUUGAUAAUACAAAUGGAUCAAUAAAAUGGAGUCAUUGGGUAUAAAAAAUUAUACGUUUUAUUUGGAACACACAGAAUUAUUUUUAAUAUAAGAUUGUUGAAAUUUUACUCAGUUAAAACAUAAAACAUGCCUUCCUCGGGUAGAUCAAGUCGCUACCAGCGUGUAAGCUACCGUGGAUAUAAUGACGAUAUAAGUGGUACUAGUUCAUCACAAAUGCCAGUUUUUGAAGAAUUAAAUGAUUAUAAUCAUGAUGAACAUGAGGUAGAACUUGAACGUAUUCAUCCAGAUCAGACAGAUGAUGAUGACCAUGUGGACAUAAAUGUAAAAUAUGACGACUUUGAUACAAUAGAUUGGACUAGAGACAGACAGCAAGAUCAGGUUCGGAUUCGAAGAAUGAAAGAAUUAAAAAGGGGGUCAUUUUUUGAAAGAAUAGCGGAGGCCCAUGAUGCAUGGUCUGGGUGGCUUGUUGUGUUACUAGUUGGAAUAAGUUGUGGAUUGUUUGCUGGGGUUAUUGAUAUUGGGGCAGACUGGAUGUUUGAUUUAAAGGAAGGUGUCUGUGCAAGUCAAGUUUGGCUCAAUAAGGAAUCAUGUUGUUGGGCUGAUAAUUCAUCGUUCAAUACCCAUGAUGAUGGGUGUUCACAGUGGAAAACAUGGUCAGAAGUGUUUGAAGCGAGCAGUAAAACUAGUUCAUAUGCUUCAAAUUACUUUAUGUUCACUUUUUCUGGAAUAUUGUUUGCCUUAAUUUGUGUCACUUUGGUUCAUACAUUUGCACCAUAUGCUUGUGGUAGUGGAAUCCCAGAGAUUAAGACCAUGCUUGGUGGUUUUAUAAUUCAUGGUUAUUUUGGAUUAUGGACUCUGGUAGUAAAAUCUCUUGGUAUGAUGCUGGCUGUUGCUGCUGGGUUAAGUCUUGGUAAGGAAGGUCCACUGGUACAUGUUGCUUGUUGUUGUGGAAAUGUCUUUGCAAAGCUCUUUCCUAAGUAUCGCAAGAAUGAGGCAAAAAAGCGAGAGGUUUUGUCUGCAGCAUCAGCAGCAGGAGUUUCAGUUGCAUUUGGAGCUCCAAUUGGAGGAGUGUUGUUUAGCUUGGAAGAGGUUAGUUAUUACUUUCCAAUGAAAACUUUAUGGCGAUCAUUUUUCUGUGCAAUGGUGGCUGCAGUAACUUUGAAGUACAUGAAUCCAUAUGGAACUGGAAAGCUUGUCUUAUUUUAUGUACAAUAUACCACCCCAUGGAAAGUUUUUGAAUUAGUACCUUUUGCUUUACUUGGAAUUUUUGGGGGAUUAUUUGGCGUGUGGUUUAACAAGCUAAAUAUGUGGUGGUGUAAACUACGAAAGACAACAUUGUUAGGAAAAUAUCCAACAACUGAGGUAUUGGUCGUCACGCUAAUUACGGCUUUAGUUGCUUACCCCAAUCCAUUAACACGACAAAAUACCAGCAUGCUUAUAAAGGAAUUAUUUCAACAGUGUGAACCUGACGACCUAAGUGAUUUGUGUGAUUACAAAGGAAACACAACGAUUAACGUGAAUAAUGGUGAAUAUCCUGCUGCUGAAGCUGGUCCAGGUGUCAUCAGGUCAAUAUGGAUGCUUUUCUUAGCUAUGUUGUUUAAAGCGGUGAUUACUGUCUUUACGUUUGGAGUAAAGGUGCCUGCUGGUUUGUUUAUUCCAACAAUGGCAGUGGGCGCGUGUGUUGGUCGUAUUACUGGUAUUGGGGUGGAACAACUCGUUCUCCACUAUCCUGAUUUCGCUAUAUUUGAAAUAUCAUGUCGUAAUACUGUCGGUGCUUGCGUUCAACCUGGUCUUUACGCUAUGGUCGGUGCUGCGGCUGCGUUAGGUGGAGUCACAAGAAUGACAGUAUCGUUGGUUGUGAUAAUGUUCGAGCUUACUGGGGGGCUCUUUUAUAUUGUACCAAUGAUGCUUGCAGUCGUUAUGAGUAAAUGGGUUGGUGAUGCAUUUGGCAAGGGGGGAAUUUAUGAUAGUCAUAUCGCGCUUAAUAUGUAUCCAUUUUUGGACAACAAAGAAGAGUUUGCUUAUACUUCGCUGGCUGAAGACGUCGCAAAACCAAGAAAAUUUGAACCUGCGAUCAGUUGUGUGACAAAAGAUAGUUCUACCAUCGAACAAUUAGAAAUUUUGUUGGAAGAGACCAAUUUCAAAGGUUUUCCAGUGGUUGAUGACAUGGAAUGUAUGCGACUAUAUGGUUACGUGAGAAGGAAAGAGCUGGUGUUAGCUUUAGAAAAUGCUCGUGCAAAAAACCCUGGUGUGGUGUCACUCUCCAUAGGAUAUUUCACCAAGCACGCUCCACGCAUCGAAAUAUCGCAUCCUCCACCUGUCAACCUUAGACACACUUUGGAUGAGAGUCCUCUUCAAGUCUCCUAUACAACACCAAUGGAAGUUGUGGUGGAAAUGUUUCGUAAACUGGGUUUAAGACAAGUUUUGGUAACGAGGGACGGAGGUGUAACUGGUAUUAUAACAAAAAAAGACGUCAUCAAACAUGUUCAAGUAAUGGAUAGAAAAAAACCAAAUGUUGUCAGAUAUGGUACAUUGUAGUACAAUUGCACAAGAGGAGUUGUAAUUAUGCAAUCAAAGACCCUGAUGUGUUAUUAUUGUCACUAGGCUGGCCAUGUUCAUUUUAUGUUCCUACUUUACUUGUAUAUGAACACAACACUAUAUUGUACCUCUUUCUCAAUGUCUUGACAUUCUACCACAUAGGGUUACAUGUUUUUAAUGUUAACAUUACCUAUCUUCAUUUUAAUAUUCUUAUUUGCGGUAGCAUUAUAAUGUCUACUGUGCAGGUCUUACAAUUCCAUAGUAUUUUUAGAGAAUUAAAGCCUUUCACUAAUAUAUAAAAUGAGAGAGACUAAUAGAUUAAAGUGCUGUUUAAAAUGAGCUAUUUACUGUAAAAUAAAAUAUUUAAUGCCAAGUUAACACUGUGUAUUGUAACACUUUUAUUUAAUUUCUACAUUGUAGAAUACAAAUUUUGUAAAAACAUCUGCAAACAUAAUUAGUGAACUAAAUACUACUUGGCUUGUAAACCUAAUAGUUCAAUAAUAUAGCUAAAAUAAUUUGAAAUCUUCAAGCUGGACAUAUAAAUCAUCUUGAACAGGCUGACAGAAAACUUCAGAUUUACAACUAAGCACUCUGCAUUUGA